CGCAACAAUUCUUCUUGUGUAUAUGAACCAUCAACCUGAAAUGUCUUACCUAGCUCAAGUAGAAUUAAUAGAUUGCUCAUACUGAGAGUGGAGGGAAGAGAGAAAGAGAUGGAAGAAACACAAAGAGAGUUUCACCAUGAAGAAGAAGAAGAAGAACAUGCAGACAUAAAUAUCUGGAAGUACAUAUUGGGCUUUUCAGAAAUGGCUGUAGUCAAGUGUGCCAUUGAUCUUGGGAUAGCUGAUGCCAUUGAAAGCCAUGGAAGCCCCAUUGCACUCUCGGACUUGUCUUCAACUCUAGGAUGUGCUUCUUCCCCACUCUAUCGCAUUAUGAGGUUCCUAAUGCACCGUGGAAUAUUCAAAGAGAAACUCACUACCCAAGGCUCCCCAGGUUAUGCACAAACGCCUCUAUCUCGCCGUUUGAUGAGACAAGGAGAACAUAGCAUGGCUGCUUUUAUUUUGAUGGACAGCAGCCCAGUGAUGCUGGCACCAUGGCUUAGUCUAAGUGCCCGAGUUCUAACUAAUGGAACUUCGUCAUUUGAGAAGGCUCAUGGUGAAGAUUUAUGGAGCUAUACAGCAGCAAAUCCUGAUCAUAGCCAGCUCUUCAAUGAAGCAAUGGCUUGUGAUGCAAGGCUGGUGGUGCCAGCGAUGAUUCAAGGUUGUCCAGGAUUAUUUGGUGGGCUUAGCAGUUUGGUAGAUGUGGGUGGAGGCAAUGGAACCACCAUAAAGUUGUUGGUUAAGGCAUGUCCAUGGCUUCAAGGCAUCAACUUUGAUCUUCCUCAUGUUGUCUCUGUUGCUGCAGAGAUCAGCGGAGUUGAACAUGUUGGGGGUGAUAUGUUUGAAAGUGUUCCAAAGGCCGAUGCUGCUUUCAUAUUGUGGGUUCUGCAUGAUUGGGCAGACAAAGAGUGCAUCCAAAUCCUUAAAAAAUGCAAAGAAGCAAUUCCAGAGGACAAGGGAAAGGUAAUAAUUGUUGAUGCUGUGAUCCAAGAACAAGAGGAAAUGGACAAGCUAACUGAUGCAAGGUUGAUGCUAGACAUGGUGAUAAUGGCCCAUACAACUACGGGCAAAGAGAGGACCUUGAAAGAGUGGGGAUUUAUUCUUGGAGAAGCUGGAUUUAGUAGAUACACAGUGAAAUCAAUUCGUGCUUUGCAAUCUGUAAUUGAGGCAUUUCCAUAAUUUAAAGUAGCUAAGAAAUAAGGAUUAUCUCUACCUAAAAAUUUGAACUAUUGUGGAUCUAUGGUCCUAAGUAUUGAUUCUCUUUCAAUAAAACCAGUUUAAGUUGAUGUA